GUAUUGCUAUCACAACAAGGGUAAAAUACGAAUAUUUUUAAGAACUUCAUAUUUUGUUUGUGCUACUGUUUCUAGCAUUUCUAUUUCGCUUCAUCUGUUCGUUAAUGAAUAAAGUCGGUGAAGUUUUACUGAAGCACAACCACUGCAGGCAGAUAAAGAGAAAGCACGAGACUAGUUGGUUGAAUUGACAGCAUCUUUCAUUGGAUCAAUGUCAUCACAAGAGAAAACCAAAGUGGUGCUGCUGGCAUGUGGGUCCUUCAACCCCAUCACAAACAUGCACCUGCGUAUGUUCGAACUGGCUCGGGAUCACUUGGAAGACACUGGAAGAUAUAGAGUGGUGAAAGGCAUAAUCUCUCCUGUUGGAGACGGCUAUAAAAAGAAAGGUCUGAUUGAAGCCUGUCAUCGGUUAGAGAUGGCUAGACUAGCCACGCAGGACUCUGAUUGGAUCACAGUGGAUGACUGGGAGAGCCAGCAGCCGGAGUGGGUGGAGACAGUCAAAGUCGUUCGGCAUCAUCAUGCAGAACUUACUUCCAGCGAGAACAACAAUGACGAUGUGGACACAGUGAGGUGUGGGAAGAGGAGAAAGCUGGAGAAAAAUAAAAACACCCAUCAGAGCUGCUCUUAUAUUAACACAGAAGCAGACCCCCCUCAUCUGAACCUCCUGUGUGGUGCUGAUAUUCUGGAGUCAUUUGGUAUCCCCAACCUUUGGAAGCCAGAAGACAUUGAAGAAAUAGUGGACCGCUACGGUGUGGCGUGCAUCACCAGAUAUGGCAGCGACCCUGAGAAGUUUAUCAAUCAGUCGGAUGUGCUAUACAAACACCGUAAGAACAUCCAUGUGAUUCGGGAAUGGGUGACCAAUGAGAUCUCAGCCACCCAUGUGCGCCGUGCCCUACGCAGAGGACAGAGCAUACGUUACCUCCUGCCCGAUCCUGUGGUGCGCUAUAUCAAUGAUCACAGUCUGUACAGCGCUGAGAGCGAGCAGAAGAAUGCUGAAGUUAUCCUUGCCCCUUUUCAGAGAUACACCAGCACUAACUAGACUAAUGCUAGUCUGAUGUUUAAAUGGAGCAUUUAAACAUCAGAUAUUUUUAUCUGUGCAUUUACGCACUGUAAAUGAUACACCAGCACUAACUAGACUGAUGCUCUGAUGUGUUUGAAGCAGUUUCUUGUUCCAUUUGUGAUCUUUGAUAGAAGGCUGGUCUGACAAACACAGAACUGACCCAUAAAGCUUUUUUGAACUCACUUGGUUGUGAGUGAUUGCUUUGCAUUGUAUCAUGAAUGAUUCAUUAUUAUCAAUAAUAUAUGAUGAAUUUUAUGAAAUAUAAUUUUAUUUGAGAUUGAUACAUUUAUGUAACUUUUAUAGUAGUUCACUGCAAAGUACAGAAAAUCACUUUUUUUUUUUUUUUAGAAAAUAUUUUUGAGAUUUUACCUCACCUAUUCCAUUUGGCUGCUAAUAAAAGGAAAAUGUUUACAAUCAUCCUUUUCUCUUUUUCAUUAUAAGACAUAUCUGUAAUCUAUGAACCAAAAUGCUUGCAUAACAAGUGUUAAGGGUCAUUGUGAAGGUUGCUCUAGAAUUCAAGCUAUGCCACAUUUACAUUUAUGUGACAAGGGCGAACAUUCGCUCUGAGCAUUUAAACAUCAGAUAUUUUUAUCUGUGCAUUUACGCACUGUAAAUGAUACACCAGCACUAACUAGACUGAUGCUCUGAUGCGUUUGAAGCAGUUUCUUGUUCCAUUUGUGAUCUUUGAUAGAAGGCUGGUCUGACAAACACAGAACUGACCCAUAAAGCUUUUUUGAACUCACUUGGUUGUGAGUGAUUGCUUUGCAUUGUAUCAUGAAUGAUUCAUUAUUAUCAAUAAUAUAUGAUGAAUUUUAUGAAAUAUAAUUUCAUUUGAGAUUGAUACAUUUAUAUUACUUUUAUAGUAGUUCACUGCAAAGUACAGAAAAUCACUUUUUUUUUUUUAGAAAAUAUUUUUGAGAUUUUACCUCACCUAUUCCAUUUGGCUGCUAAUAAAAGGAAAAUGUUUACAAUCAUCCUUUUCUCUUUUUCAUUAUAAGACAUCUGUAAUCUAUGAACCAAAAUGCUUGCAUAACAAGUGUUAAAGGUCAUUGUGAAGGUUGCUCUAGAAUUCAAGCUAUGCCACAUUUACAUUUAUGUGACAAGGGCGAACAUUCGCUCUGAGCAUUUAAACAUCAGAUAUUUGUAUCUGUGCAUUUACGGUGCUGACAUCUUGGCAUGUGGAGAGCAGAAAUAGUGAAGAUCUCACCAUAGUUAGGACACGACCUGUUAGAUCAGUGCUAAUAUAUAAAACCCUUUGCUUU